AGAAACACGCUGCCAACGGCACUCAAGAGACAACCCGGCUUCUCACAUUCUUUUUACCUCUAAAGCAGAAGACCAGAGCUGCUGAAUCUAAUCUUUUUGAAUGGAGGAAUACAAUCUACAAAUCUCUAUAUUUCUCUAAAUCAGCUCUGAGAGAUGGUAGGCCGAGAUGUCAGGGGACUAUGAAGAGGAUUUUUGCCAAACCACAAUUACAUUGCUCAAAGAACUAUGUUUUAGGACUGAAAUCAAUAAAGAUCAUGAAAAAUGCUUGGAGUUUUCAGACAUGCUACGAAGUCGUGGAAUGACGCAGUAUAUGAACACAGAUAUCUCUGUAAGUCUGCUGUCUGUCAUAGUAACUUUCUGUGGGAUCGUUCUUCUUGGGGUCUCGCUCUUUGUUUCCUGGAAGUUAUGUUGGAUUCCAUGGAGGGACAAAGGUUCUUCCCAGAAUCAACGCAAAGAUCAUGGACAUCAUGGCCACCUCCACCAUUCCCACUAUGGGGACUUGCUGGUGGAUCGAGUGGAGCUUGGACCUGAGAUGCCUGAACGUUCUUAUUUAGACAUGGAUUCUUACCCAGAAGCCAGCAUUAAAAAUAGUCAGACAUCUCCUGACAUACCUGUGGAAAGUCAAGCUAUGGCUAAGGAAUCACAGAUCCCUUACGCACAGUCCCACCAGCAAGUGGCAAACAUAGCCCCAGCUACCAGGUACAAUACGCUGCCAAGACCCAUGACGCAACAGUUGUCUAGUCCUGAUUUUUCAGGUCAUGUGGAUGAGAAACCAGAGCAGGCCACCAGCAUUGGACAAAUCAAACCAGAGUUGUAUAAGCAACGGUCUGCAGAUGCAGAGAUGAAGAAACAAGAAGCCACCAGUUGUGGCCGAAUCAGCUUCAUUUUGCGUUAUGCCUACAACACAGAACAGCUGGUGGUCAAGAUACUCAAAGCCUUAGACCUACCGGCAAAAGAUGCAAAUGGGUUCUCAGACCCUUAUGUGAAGAUGUAUCUGCUGCCCGAUCGUAAGAAAAAGUUCCAAACUAAAGUUCACCGGAAGACUCUUAAUCCAAUCUUUAAUGAGACAUUCCAUUUCAAUGUGCCCUUUAAUGAGUUACAGAACCGCAAAUUGCACUUCAGCAUAUAUGACUUUGACCGAUUCACCCGACAUGACCUUAUUGGGCAAGUGGUGCUGGAUAAUUUGCUGGAGUUUUCCAAUCCUACAGAAGAGAGCCCUAUCUGGCGAGACAUUUUGGAAGCCAGCUCUGAGAAAGCUGACUUGGGUGAAAUUAAUUUCUCAUUGUGUUACCUCCCGACUGCUGGCCGUCUCACUGUUACAAUCAUCAAAGCAACCAACUUAAAAGCAAUGGAUUUAACUGGUUUCUCGGAUCCGUAUGUAAAAGCUUCUCUCAUCUGCGAGGGGCGGAGGUUAAAAAAGCGGAAAACGUCGAUAAAGAAGAAUACAUUGAACCCGACUUACAAUGAGGCGCUGGUCUUUGACAUUCCCAAUGAGAAUAUGGAUCAUGUCAGUCUCACAAUUGCAGUAAUGGACUAUGAUUGUAUAGGACAUAAUGAGGUCAUCGGAAUGUGCCGAGUGGGGAGUGAUGCCGAUAUGCCUGGCAGAGAACACUGGAGUGAGAUGUUGGCAAACCCUAGAAAGCCAAUAGAACAUUGGCAUCAGCUAGUAGAGGUAAUUACAAAAUGGCAGUUUUUUGACAAAAUCACCCCCUCCUCGGGAAAAGCCAAGUAUAGUUGUGGACAAUACGCACUCUGACUAGUGGUAUCUACUACCUAAGAAGAGAAAAUCAGAUCAGGAGAACUGUCUCUGUGCCAGGUCCUUAACUGACUGUUUCCUCUUCGUUAUACGUUUCUCGUGAGGAGGUGGAAAGGCUCCUUAGACAGACCAAGAAGAAGAAAAGGCUCUAAUCAUGCACCAGAUAGCAACAGAAGAAUUUUGUUUUUCUUAAAGCCAUAGAUUACAUUUUACAUUCUGGUUGUAGGUCACCAACCCAUGGUGAAUGUAAAAAUGUCUUUCUGACACUGCUAGCUCAGAAAGGACACCACUGAAUUAUCAAUCACCAUAUCAAUCUCCAGCAAUGCACUAAACAAAGCAUGGGUGAUGGCAAAGAAGUGUACGUAAAACAUAGCUAAUUCUUUAGAUGCAGCAAUCAUUGAUUAAAGUAACGAGGAAGCCGCACCUGAGUUAUUUGCAUGUAAAGGAAAAGAGUCUCCUCCCAAUCUCAUUUUACCUCUGUGGGUGUGGGAUACAAUGCUUGGCUUUAGAAGAAGUGCCAACAUGACCUCACCCCUUCUUUUUACAGCUUGGUUGGUUUCUUGCUAGACAUUCCAUAUUUUAAAUGGCAAGACUUUGAUAAGGACUCUGCACCUUCUUUAACGUCAGACGACCCAUGAAGACUGUUCUGAACUUGUUUGCCUCGUUAAAUACAUCAAUGACUCUUAUUCUGUGGGGUCGAUGAUUGUUUAGGGAGUUUGUAGAAAAGGUAUUGAUGAUAGAUCACUGGAGAGCAAGAGAACUGAAAACAUUGUAUCCUCUUGAAGUAAGAUGUAGGCACUUUUCUGUUGACUGUCUUUCUAUCGAUACAUGUAACAAUGUACAUUUUGUGUGUGUGAGACUGAUAACAAUGUCCAGUUGAGUGAAAUUUGAUGGUUUCCUCCUUCCUGUUAAAAAAAAGGUGAAAAAUUAGCAGUGUUAUUACGUGGGGAGAGAUUUAUGAAUAUGAACAGUUGUUAUAUGUUUAUAGUGAUGAUCAUGACAAUGUGAACGAGUUUGUCUUCCAGCCUUCUCAAGGAGCCUGGGUUUAUAUUCCAGUUUCUAAUCCCUAUUGGAAGCUGUUAAAUAAUAGCUAACAAGAAUCUGAAUGGUUUGGAAAAUGGCACCACUGAAUCCAUGUGCCUGUUUUCAAUAGAAGUACAUUGAAGUUUGUAGCUUUCUUAUCACAAAAGCUAUAUUGUUCACUGAUAAACUUAGUACUGUAUGUUUAAAAACAAAAGGCUAUUGGAGUAUGAAAAAGUAUGGUUCUUGCCUUAGAAUUGUCUUUGUAAAUCCAACAUGCCAAGCGUAAAUAGGUCCCAGCAAAAUUGCAUUCUGUCGUAAUGGUUAAGGAAAAUGUAUUGCCGAGUUCUGAAAAGAGAUUUGACAUACUUCAUAACGAUGCCUAUAUAAAUGAUCACUUUGUUGUGGUCUGUCACUGGACUUGUUCUAUACUGGAUGCAUUUGGCGUCCUGCAAAACAUAUUGCUUAAUUACAAUAACUUUGCUUCAAAAGGAAUGUGUUAUUGUCACAGGUCAGUAAAACUAACAUGAUGUCUUGAUCAUCCCCAUGUCUUGAUUAUUCCAAUCAUGAUCAUUACGAACAUCAACAAUUCCCAAGCUUCCCUUUUCUUGUCUUCUUAUUUCUUAUGGAACUCCUUUUUCCCUAAAAAUGUAUUAAUGUGGUUAUUCACAAAACUUUAACCUUUGACAUUCCCUGGGAAAUUUUAAAUUUUAGGUCAAGCUGAACUAAAAGAGUGAUCAUUUAAAAAAAAAUAAAAAAAAUUCUCGUUCUACUGGUUUGGCUAAAACUUAAAAAUUACCUUGUGAAUACCCAACAAUUAACAGUUUAAUAAAUAACCUUGUCUAUCUUUUUUAUUGAAUAUAAGACCACUUUUUGGAGUAACCUGGGGUUACACAGACCGGUCACGCCAUCUUGAUAUUGACACUUAAAAAUAUGAAAUAGAUUUUUACGAAUAUUUUUUGUAAAAAAAGAAACCCAAAACCUACAAAACUUCUCUAUGGAAGUUUUAACCCAUGAAUUUGGCCAAACAUUUAAAGUUUGGGCUCUCUGGUGGGAUAUAUUGUUUCUUUAGGAUUGUGAAUUUAUUUUAGGAACAGUUGACCAAUUCUACAUGUCCCUUGCCCUGUAAUUGAUUUCUCUUAGAUUUGCAUGGAAUUCAUAGCAUGCUUGUUUAAAAAAUGGUACAAGGGAUUGAAACAAUCAUUUGGAGAACCAUUUAUUUUUAUUUUCAUUUAAAACCGGGAAAAUUGAAAUGAAAUAAAUUAUUGUUGGCUCAUGCAAAAAGAAACAUUCAAAAAAAUUUGAACCAAAUGCACGUGUGUAAUUUGUUGGAAAAAAAAUAACAUUUGUCUGUUUAUAGUGUGUGAGAAAAUGUUCAUUUUAACAGUCGCUGACUGUGAAGCCAUACCAAAAAAAAUC